AUGCUCGCCAGCCGUUUAAUACCGCGCACCGCGGUCCGCUCUGCGUUUACGAAGCCCACCCUUCCCGUUGUCGUACCGAGAUGGAGGCGGUCGUAUGCCACCGAGGCUGAGGAGAAGGACUUGGUCAUCAUCGGUGGUGGUGUCGCCGGUUAUGUUGCUGCCAUCAAGGCCGGCCAGGAGGGAUUGAAGGUCGCCUGUAUCGAGAAGCGUGGUACCCUCGGCGGUACAUGUCUGAACGUCGGCUGCAUCCCCUCCAAGUCCCUCCUCAACAACUCACAUCUCUACCACACCAUCCUCCACGACACCAAGAACCGCGGUAUCGAGGUCAACGAUGUCAAGCUCAACCUGGCCCAGCUCAUGAAGGCCAAGGACACGUCCGUCUCGGGCUUGACCAAGGGUGUCGAGUUCCUCUUCAAGAAGAACGGCGUCGAGUACAUCAAGGGCACCGGCUCCUUCGCUAGCGAGCACGAGAUCAAGGUCCAGCUGAACGACGGCGGCGAGACCAGCGUCGUGGGCAAGAACAUCCUGAUCGCCACCGGCUCCGAGGCUACCCCUUUCCCCGGCCUGGAGAUCGAUGAGAAGAAGGUUGUGUCGAGCACCGGCGCUAUCGCUCUGGAGCAGGUCCCCGAAAAGCUGGUCGUCAUCGGCGGCGGUAUCAUCGGCCUGGAGAUGGCCUCUGUCUGGUCCCGCCUGGGCUCCAAGGUCACUGUCGUAGAGUUCCUGGGCCAGAUUGGCGGCCCGGGCAUGGACGCCGAGAUCGCCAAGCAAGCCCAGAAGAUCCUGAAGAAGCAGGGCAUCGACUUCAAGCUGAACACCAAGGUCGUCAGCGGUGACAGCUCUGGCGAGAAGGUCAAGCUGGAUGUUGAUGCUGCCAAGGGCGGCAAAGCCGAGUCUAUGGAUGCCGAUGUCGUCCUUGUUGCCAUCGGCCGCCGUCCAUACACUGCCGGCCUGGGCUUGGAGAACAUCGGUAUGGAGCUGGACGAGCGCGGACGCGUCAUCAUCGACCAAGAGUACCGGACCAAGUUCCCUCACAUCCGGUGUGUUGGUGACGUCACCUUCGGGCCCAUGCUGGCGCACAAGGCCGAGGAGGAGGCUGUCGCGGCCAUCGAGUACAUCAAGAAGGGCUACGGCCACGUCAACUACGGCUGCAUCCCGUCCGUCAUGUACACCUACCCCGAGGUCGCUUGGGUUGGGCAGAGCGAGCAGGACCUCAAGAGCGCCGGCACCCCGUACCGUGUUGGAACCUUCCCCUUCAGUGCCAACUCUCGCGCCAAGACGAACCUCGACACCGACGGCAUGGUCAAGAUGCUGGCGGACCCCGAGACUGACAGGCUGCUGGGCGUGCACAUCAUCGGUCCCAACGCCGGCGAGAUGAUUGCUGAGGGCACACUGGCCCUGGAGUAUGGAGCGUCGUCAGAGGAUAUUGCACGGACGUGCCAUGCCCACCCCACGCUGGCUGAGGCGUUCAAGGAGGCAGCCAUGGCUACCUACUCGAAGGCCAUCCACUUCUAAAGGGGUGGGGGAGAGGACGACAUGGUUGUAAACUAGAUGCCCUGCUGGUGUUCGCAUGUACAUGGAGACUCCUUUCACAUCAUUGCCAGAGCGGUCAGGGUCAGGAGGAGAGGUGUUGAGAGUAAAGAGUAAUAGAAUUGGUAGCGAAUGAAUUGGCAGAC